GGAAAAGUCGCCCGUAGCAGACGGUUGUUGCGACAAGACGAACAUGACUUCCUCGUAGCUCAUUCAGUGCAUGUUUCGUCGUGUAAAGAGCGUUUUUUAUUUUCUACAAGUUGAAAGCAUACAGAAAAAAAAAAAAAAAGAAUUUAAGAUGGGCUACAUGACCAUAGAGACGAGCAGCCCCACUCUGCUCCGCCUCAAGCGAUCUCCCGGCAUCCGCUCAUGGUCUCUUCUUGUCGGUAUAACAUCGGUAGGGUUGACGGCCGCAUACUACAGCUCAGACAGCGUCCCGUGGAAGCUCUUCUACGUAUCGGGCUGCCUCUUCGUGGCCCUGCAGAACAUGGACGAGUGGGAGGAGGCCGUGUUCGACAAAACCAGGAAACUCAUCGAGCUCAAGACCGUCAGCUUGUACGCUCUGGUCCUGACGCUGUGGAGGAAGGGACAGGAGACAAUCGUGCUGGACCUGACGCAGCUCUGCGACGUAUGCGUCGAGGAAGAGAGGGUGCGCUACUUGGGGAAGGGUUACCAUGUGAUGCUGAGGCUGGCCGCUGGCAUCUCCUACCCCCUCACCCAGAGCGCCACCAUGGGGGGACCCAGCGACGUGGAGGCGGUGGCCUCUCUGGUGAAGCGCUUCCUGGGACUGGACGAGACGCAGCGGAAGCAGCGGGACUACGAAGACUACGGCGAGGACGAUAACGAUUCCGCCGGCGACAGCAGCGGCUCGGACGACGAGGCAGACCAGCGCUGACCCGUGGGACGUGCAGCGGCGGUGCAUCUCAGGGUGGAUUGAGGAAAAGCCCCACGACAAGAUAUUGUUGAGGACGAGGCUGUCCACACAUUCUGACCGUUUUUUUCCCCUGUUUAUGCUUUUUCCUUAAAUGAUGCCCACAUAAUCUGGUUUCUGCGAAGAUUAGGUGUUGAGAACUAAUUGCUGUUUUAAGAGCACGAAUCAGAUUAUGGAUGCGGGGUGCCUCCCUGUUGAACUCAUAACAAACCUUUGUUUGGGAGACGAUGGAAAGUGCCUUUUCCCACAGUUUUCUGGACCACCCUGCCGAGCAUGAGGAACCCGGUUUCUGGCACAGACCAAAAGCAAACUGUGUGACGUGGUUAAACCUGCGGCUGCUCCGUUCUUGAUGUUCAAACCGUUUUUGUGUGAAACCAAAGACUAAAUCUCAGGUAAUCGCUAGUAUUUAGUCAAAAUGUUCUGAUUUUAUGCAAGUUUCAUGAUUGCUGAUGUUUAACCCCUAAAUAAAGAAACAAACUUGAAAUGAGAAGUAUGA